CUUAUAAUAACACGAUCCAUUUUUAAAUCUGUUCUAUAUAUUUGACUGGUGUCUAUUUGCAUAUUAAAAUGUUGAUAAUUCUGUUAAUAAGUUGAUUGAAAGAGAUGGCAGCACAUGCUGUGCGUGGGGGUGGAUCUAUCUGCUCAUGCGCCAAGCAGCUUGUUGCGGCUGAACCCGUGAGUUACACUGAUAGUUAAGUAUGAAUGGGGCAUAUGUCUUCCAUACGGUUUACGGAUAAUUAACUUAUCGAACAGUGAUAACGCAAUGCCGCCGUUCGUCCCCGCAGACCUGCAAGGAGGCAAUUAUAGCGUCAGCACUCCAAUAUAUUAGUACACCAGCAUCAUAAUGUUUGAGGGCGUUGUUGCAACGAUUCUGAACCGGUACCUUGGCAAGUACAUUCGAGAUCUCGAUACUGAGAACCUCAAUGUUGGUAUCUUCAGCGGAGAUGUUCAGCUGACAGAGUUGAUGUUGAAACCUGAAGCUCUGUACGAGCUUGAUAUCCCAAUAGAAGUGAAAGUUGGUACCAUUGGAAGAAUUAGUUUAAGUAUUCCAUGGACUGGGCUGUACACUCAACCUGUAACAGUGACAUUAGAGGAUGUCUAUGUGAUUACUGGGCCUAUUGUUGACCGCCCCUAUGACCCCGAAAAGGAGAAGAGGUUAAUUCGAGCAGCAAAGAAGAAGAAACUGGAAGAUUUAGAAGGGGAGAGCUUACUGGGGACAGGCCUUCCUGAUGCAAAAACAUUUCUUGAGAACUUGAUAACUACAGUAAUCAACAAUCUCCAGAUAUAUGUUCGUAACAUUCAUGUUCGUUAUGAAGACACAGUUACGAACCCAGAUUGUUCCUUUGCCUGUGGGAUCUGCAUCCAGAGUGUAUCAGUGGAGACAACUAACAAUAAAUGGAAGCCUUCUAUUACACCACAAGGGGCAACCUCCCUGUAUCAACUGGUUCGAAUGGAAUCAUUCUCUAUCUACUGGAACCCUUCAUGUGGUGUAGGAGGCCUUGUCACUGACUUAAUUGGUCCUGGGUGUGCACCCUAUGGCUGGCGAAAUGAGAUGAGGAGAGGUCUGGAGACUUUCAGCAUCAACAAAGAAGACUUCGACUUCAUUGUGAAACCAAUCACUGCUAAGAUGAAGAUCAUUGUCAAUAAGUCAAAUGAAGCUCGUGUCCCAAAACUGUUGGUAGACUUCGUUCUUCAAGAUGCUGCAACCCAACUCUCUCGUCAACAAUACCUCUCCAUCUUAGGCCUUACUGAAUCUUUCAAACGUAUGAAUAUCAACAGAAAUUUCCGGCAGUUUCAUCCGGGUGUGCCAGUCUGCAAUAACAUACCAAAAUGGUGGAAAUAUGCAUAUGAUUCUGUUCUGGAGCAGAGAGUCCGGCCCUACUCCUGGCAGCGCAUUAAAGCACACAGAGAACAUUAUCGAAGUUACAAGAACACAUACAAGAGAACACUGCUAAGUCCCAACGAUACAGAGCUGAAAUUGGACUUACAGCUGCUGGAGGACCAGCUUGCAAUUGUAGACAUCGUAGUUGCUAGAGAACAUGCCAAGAUUGAGCUACACAAUGAAGAUCCUGAGCACAUUUUAGUGCAUGAAACUGAAGCAGACUGGUGGGAUGUUUGGGGCCAAGAUAAGAUUUUUGAGCUACAAGUACAAACUGAAAAGGAACGUGGCCUGUGGGCGCAGCUGUCGCUGGAGGAUAGGAAGAAACUUUGUGAAGCAAUUGGUUAUGUAGAAGGCGGUACAAGACCAGACAAGCCAAAACAGUACAUAGAGCACAAAUUCAAUUUCACACUGGCUAACUGUUCACUCAGCCUAGUGAACCACAGAAGAGAAGUUCUUGUGAUAACUCUAACUCAAUUUCUCGCAAGUCUGGAGACCAGACCGUCAGCACAGGCAUUUAAAGUUUCAGCAAGAGCAGAAAGUUUUGUUGUUGAAGGAGCAAGUGUGGAAAAUGACCUCAUCCCCAUGGUUACAGCAGAUAAUAUUCUUUCAGGCAAUACAUCAUCAAAUUUUCUCGCUGUAGACUUUGAGAAACAUCCAUUAAAUUUAGAAGUUGUGUAUCACGAGUACGCUGUUUCAGAGAUCAUUAGCUUCUUCCAGACAAGGUCUGUGACACUUCAAGAUGCUGUAGAAUUCUCCAAACAGGGAAUAUGUAAAGCUAAUGAAGUUGGUAGGACACUCGUCGAGUAUGCCAUUGCUCGCCACAAAACCAUUGAUAUCAACGUGGACCUUAAAGGCCCAUACCUUGUCAUACCUGAACUUGGAUCUGUACAGAAGGGUGGCAGUAUCAUGAUAGUGGACUUUGGACGAGUGGUGAUGAAGAGUGAUUUACAGUCUGACAGUGCAGGUCUCGAAGACGCAACACAGAUGGAGUUGGAAGAGAGGUUGUAUGACAGACUUCAUGUUGACUUGUCAGAUCUCCAGCUCCUCUUCUGUGAUUCAGGAGAAGAGUGGAGGGAUGCCAGGAAGAUGCAAGACACAGAUUUUCAUUUGGUUCCAAAGAUUCGUUGUCAGGUAGUGUUCUCAAACAGCGUGAAGCCCAGCUACAGGCAACUUCCCAGGCACAAAUUGAAUAUUUCAAUUUCAAGCCUGAAGUUGAAUUUGUCAGACCGUAAAAUUGGAAUGGCCCUGGACUUCCUGGACAACCUACCGUUACCUUCACCCAAUACAUUACGAGUAUCUGAAGUGGAUUCUGCACUAGAAAGAGAGGUUGCCGAAGAUAGGAACAUGGCAAGACUUCUGAACAGUGAUAAAAUAAUGUCUGAAUUUAGCAGCAGCCAACUUCUGCAAAUUAAAAGGACUGUUGUAAUGGCUCAAUUGUCUCGACAAGACAAGAAGUUUGAGCACUUUGAUAAGGCAGCAGGGAAAGUGGAAAUGCUUGAAGUGGAUAAGAGUUUCAUUUCAUCAGAUCACAGUGAUGAAGAAAAUGAACUUUGGGCCCGCACUGUGGAUCUUCCUGGAUUUGACGAUAAUGUUUCACCACACAACACUAUUGCUAUGCUUCUGAGAAUAAUUGUUGGUGAGGUGGUGCUUCAGUUGGCUCGAUCCAACAACAGGGUGGAUAAGCCAUACCUCAUGCUGCAAGUUAGCAAGAUAUGCUGGGACACAGCACUCAUGGAAUAUGGGCCGGCCGUGCAGGCCAGCAUUGGAGGGAUUCAUCUUAUAGACAAAAUUCACACUGGCUGCUCUGGGGAAUAUCUGGAGUUGGUAUCCACUGAUAGUGCAGAAGAUAUGGUGACAUUACUGUACAGAAAAGUACGAGCAAACUGCCCAGACUUCAAGUCCCAUUUCCACAGUGUGGAGCAGUCACUGGUUCUGGACUUCACAUCGCUGUCAGUCGUUUUUCACAGAGAAGCCUUCUCAACCCUAAACAAAUAUCUGCAAUAUCUGCUGCAAAAGAUUCAGACAAGGGAAACACAUUUACGACCUCUGGUUUCUGGGUCCCCCACCAUGAUGACAUGGUUGUUUUCUGGGGAUGCUGACCCGCCGAUACCACCAGGUGCUACAAAGUUCAGUUACUCAACCAGGCUUGGAGAGAUCAGAAUGAGGCUGUGUGAUACAGACAUGGACUUUCUUGAGCUGAAGGUUGCAGGUCUUGAGAGUGAUUGUCUUUUCAAAGCAAAUGAAAGAAUGGUUCUGAGAAUAUAUCUCACAACACUGACUGUAGAUGAUCUGUCAGACAUGACUUUAUACCCAAAGGUAGUGACCAUUGAAGAAGAUAAAGUAUUUGACUUCAAAUAUGUGAGACACAGCCCAAAAUUGUACACUCAGUCUGAUCUUGGCUCAAAUAAGGAUGAUGUCAAAUCAGAUGGGAGUCUCAGGUUGCACAUUGGGAGGAUCCAUGUUGUCCUACUGUACAAACUUCUUGUUGAUCUACAACACUUCAUGGAGCCAUUUAUUCACCCUGGGGUGCCUGCACAUGUUAUAAAUAUGGCUGAGAAAUCUGUGGAGCAGCAGAUUGUGCAGUUGCGAGGCUGGAGCACUCGUCUGCAUCUGUCACUGGAUUUUCAUGCUCCAACGCUCCUUCUCCCACAGAAGUCAUCCUCUCCAAAUCUCAUUAUUAUGAAUAUGGGUGACUUGAGUGUUGAAAACUUCUUCAAGGAGAUGACAAACUUACACUUCCCUCAACUAAACUCUGGUUCAGCAUUGUCUGUAACUGGUGAGGUACCAGUGGUGGACAAUGUUUUGGUCCGCCUGGAGUCAGUGCAAGUGUCAAGAGCAGUCAUGACCCUGGCAGGCUCUCUUGAGAUACAAGAGCCAAUUCUGGAACAAGUGAGCAUACGGCUUGAUGUGAAGAGGAUGGUGGCGUACCAUCACACCGUGAACUCGUUGCCUACUGCGCCCAGUCCAUAUUUACAGCUGCACAGGGAUCUCUUACUGUAUGAAGUUGUUGGAGGAAUGGAGAACGUUAGGAUUAACCUUGGGCAGCGUGACUUGGCUACACUUCUCUCAGUUUGGAGUGACAAUCUUGCUGAAGGCAGAUUUAUGGAUAUGCAACUAAGCUCAGACUCCACAUCCCCUGCUGAAGCACCAACACCCACAAAUCCAGCAGAGGACCCAGCUGUGAAGAAGCUGCAGGCAUUCUUCUGUCAGAGUGAGCAAGUGCGACGUGAGUCCAGUGUUCGUCUCUCACUUGAUGGACUACAACUGUACCUCUUCAAUGAUAUGGAUGAGGUUCUCAGUUCUCCAGUGAGAGACAUGAAUCAUGGACUAUGCAAGUUGGAUAUUGGAGAAGCAGUACUGUCAGUGGAUACUUUCACAGAUCACAGUUUGGAGCUGAAGAUGGCCCUGCAGUCUUGCUUGCUGGAAGACAUCCGUCCUGAUAACAGCAUUAUGAUCAGGAAAAUAUUUCAGUCCCACAGUGGCGAAACAAAGAUGGAUUCCAGUCCCAUCUCAGUGUCUGCACCACCAAUCAUUGAUGUGACAUUUAAGCAGACUCAAAGUGGUGACCGUUGUAUUGAUAUCCUUGUAGAGAAAACAAGACUCAAUCUGUCAGUUCCAUUUUUUAUGAACUUGGGCAGAUUCUUGAUGGACUGUCUUCCAGGAGAGCGCCCCACUGAUGGUGGGGUUAUAAACCAUGGUUAUGUAGGAGACUUAGGAGUUCAGAACAAAGCUCCUGUAGAAACACUGAAACCAGUGCCCCAGAGACCACCCAGCUCUGCUGACAGUACCAGUGGCUACUUCUCGUCUGGUGCAUCUUAUGUUGAUGAUCAGGCUGGACUGUCAGUAUCAGUGCAACUGAGGAAGCCAGAGAUUAUGCUGUUUGCCGAUUUGUCAGAGCACAAUGGCCAUGCCUUGUUGCUCCGUACUGAAUUCCUCAUAGACUACAGCCGCCACCCUGGUCGAGACUCACUGAUCUGUUCUCUGGCAGGGCUGCAGAUAUUCUCUAAACUUCAGGGACGUAACAAACAGCCUCCACACCUGGUUUUGCAUCCAUGUGAUAUAGAAUUUGUCAAGAGUUUCAAGUCAGUGGAAGAUGGACUAAAAGUGACCGCAACAGUCAGUACUAUAGAUGUUCAUCUGUCAGCCAGCACUGUACACACUGUCAGUGAUGUGAUUGAAGACAUCAGAAACUUGCUCCAAGCUGAAGAGACUGAAACACCAACAAAACUUGGGAAUUAUAAUGCUGACUUGGAUGAUCUCUGGUCUCCAAAGAAAAUUCAACCUUACAUUCUCUCUGACACUUGUGAAAGUCUGUUGUAUAGCCAGCCAGCUUAUCCUGAAGGACGCCCUAAGGAAGCACUCACAGUGGCUGUUCCUAAGAUAUGUGUGGUUUUUGAGCUGGAAGAUGGAAAUCACAGGAUACCUGUUCUUCUCUUCAAGUCAUCUAUAGAAGCCAAUGUCAAUGACUGGUCCAAACAAAUGUAUAUGAAAGCCGAGAUACAGGUGCAGGCCUCAUACUAUAAUGACAGAGUUGGAGCGUGGGAGCCCCUUAUUGAGCCCUGUGUGGAGGAAGAGAAUGUGUACAGGCCUUGGGAGAUCUUUGUGAAGGUUUUUCAAGCUAAAGCAUUCCCAAUUUCAAGUCGGCUGGACCAUGAUGCUGCGACAGAAACAGACAGCAGUCACACAAAGAUUGAACGUCGAGCAGUGAGCAGGAUGGCUGAGGAUUCUGAAACAUCUGCAGAUGACACAGAGCCAGAAAAUGGGAUGACAUUCAUAAGGAGACACAACGUUCAGUCAUCACACACUUUGAAAAGAAAUGCAAAUGAAAACGUGAGCUUGAUUGGCUAUCCUGAUGACACAGAUUCAGAAGAUGAGGAAGGGGUGCUGGAAAAACUUGCAGGAGCUGUAGGACAUUUAUUCACUGGAGAUAGCAGCGAUGGAGAAGCCAGUGAAUCAGAGGAUUCCAGUGGGGCUGAACCAUCUGUUGAGACUGAGGAGGCCUCAGAAAUAACCAUGAGCUGUGGCAGCACUGUGGUUGGUAGAGACGAGAGAGCAAUAUUCCUGAAGAAGCAGAAUGACUCCAUAGACUCUGGAUUGGAGACAGAGCUGCCAGAUCGCCUGGCAAUGUACUUCAUGUUGGAGGCAAAGGAUCGGCUAGACAUAACACUGACUCCAGCAAGUCUUCAAAUGUUGCAUGAUCUCACCACAGCAUUCACUCGUAGUAUUCCAGACAUCCCUCCUGCUGCAUUCCAUGGACUAGAAGCGCCCCUGUCACUGCAAAAUGACCUGGGGCCUUGGACAAAGGUUACAUUGCUCUCGAGGGCUGAGACUACACCCGAUGGUAAAGACAGAAUUGUCAUGACAGCGUUGUACAAUAAGUCAGAUUCACUUCCAAGCAGCCCUGCCUCUACAACUGGUGGCUUAGGAGAUGUUAGUCCAACUGACUCUGACAUAGACAUAGAAAGCUUUGAAGGAGGAUUUAGCUCACAGAGCAAUGAAGGAACCUCAGGACAGGAGCUGUUUUCACCGCUUCUGAGGUUUCCUGGCGAUUCUGUAACCAAACUUUAUAAGAAAGUGACAGAGGAAAGGUUAAUCAUUGAGGUGGAAGGUUUCGACAAACUUGAGGUAGUGGCACCUCAAAGGCUCAUCUCCAAAUUACAUAUGUUGCAUCCUAUGAAGAACAACACUCGUUACUAUGCAGUGGUGAACGUGGAUAUCCACCAUUGCCAUCGCAAAUUAUCUGUUAGAUCUCCCCUGCAGGUGAAAAAUGAGACAUCAUAUGCCAUGGGACUGUACUAUAAGAAGUCUGUGCUAGAUGCCCUUGGUGUGGAGCAUGUUGGAGAGUCAACAAAUCCGUUUGAGGAUACAAUCAGGGUUGCAAUAGUGGAGCCAGAUGAGACCUUCAGUAUCCCAUUGUAUGUGGCUUACCACUGCAAACUGUUCAUCUUGCCAGCCUACGUAGAUAGUUACCAUGUCAGUGAAGUAGGGCUCUGGUGGCAGGAGCUGGCAUCAGACUUGAACACUCCAAAAGAUAUCUACUGCUCUCCAAAAGAAGAGAAGGAUGCUACAGUUUUCUCUGUUAGGGCACUCUGUGUUGAAGGUGCACCAAUGAACAGAGCUUCUCGUUCCAUUCCAAAUUAUCUGAUAAGACUUCUGCCACCACUAGCCAUGCACAACAGGUUACCUUAUGCAGUUGAAGUUAAAGUUCCUACAAUAACAUAUGAAGUUCGGAUUGAAGCAGGGGAAAAAACGAAUAUAUAUUUCCUGAAUCUUCUGAAGAUGCACAAAAUAUGUGUUGAGGUACCCAUCUACUUGGGCAUCCCGUGGAUGGGCUCUUUCAACUUGACUGCUGACCUAGAGGAGAAGACUGUUGCCAUGGCAACAGAAUAUGACACAGAAGGAGGCAAUAAGCAGCUGGGACUGAGCCUCCAUGUGGAUCGCACUGAAACCUGUGAUGUGUUCUUGCAUGCCCCAUACUGGAUUAUUAACAAGACUGGCUUGCCACUGCAAAUCAGAGCUUCCCUAUCUGACGUUGUGUAUGAGGCCCAAGGAGAGGAGCCACUGUUGUUCUGCUACAAGAAACAUCGUCGCCGUUGUGUGCGUUUACGGGCCUAUCAUUCGUCAUGGUCAUCUGCCUUUUCAUUAGACACGGUGGGCUGUACAGGUCUUGUUGUGUGCAAAGAUAGGGAACGGAAACGUCGUUAUCGGAUCCUGCUCAAUGUUACGCUGUCAAAGCUCUGCCCAAAUUUGACACAUAUAGUCACUCUCCUGCCUAACUUUCUGGUUGUCAAUGACACCCGAAAGCAUCUUAGGUUCAUGGAGGAGAAUGAGAGGGCAGAUCUGUGGAUUGACCUGGCACCAGGACAGUGUGUCCCUUUCUGGCCUGAUACAGAUUCCAUGAGGAUGUAUGUGAAGUUCCGAGACAGUAAGCUGGUAUCACAACACUUCCACAUUACGCACGUACAUCAGACAGUUCUGCGGAUGGAUAAAGGUGCUGGGCUCUGUGUGGAUGUUAGUGGAGGAGGUGAGCAGCCAUUCACAGUAACAUUCCGCUGCUAUCGUGUGGGCGAUGCCCCUGUACGUGUUGACAAUCUGUGUGAAGACCUGUUCCUCAAAAUUCACCAACAGGAUUUAGGACAGGUGGCCCUCCUGAGUCCGUAUCAGUCAAUGUUAUAUACAUGGGAUGAUCCAUCUAAAGAACGAUUGCUUCUUUGGAAUGUUUACAACAAAAAAUCAAAAGGAUUUGUUGCUGAGUUCUGGAAGGAUGGUUAUGGACAAGAACGGGUCAGCUUCCAUACUGUGAAGCAGCCAUGUAUGGUCACAAGCACGCCAAUUGUUACAGCCAAGCUCUCAGAUGGUUAUGGACAAGAACGGGUCAGCUUCCAUACUGUGAAGCAGCCAUGUAUGGUCACAAGCACGCCAAUUGUUACAGCCAAGCUCUCAGCCAGCCUCAAGAGGAUGUCUCCAAAGUCUCCUGUUCAAGAAGGCAGCAGUAGCAGUGAUGAUACAGAGUCAGAUGAACAGAAGCCCCAGGGCAUUACAUUCUUGUUGCAGCAGUUGAAGAAGACAAGGAAAGACAAAGUGACCGUGUAUUGGGUGAGCUAUCUGGAAGGCUUCCAGAGGGUGCUCUUGUUUACGCAAGAUGAAAGGAUUGCUUACCAGGCAAGAAACAACNAGCAAGGUUCCACACUGCUCAACACAGUGUUAUUUUUGCAGGCUCUGGAAUCAAACUACUGUCAGAAGGAACUGGCAUACAUCAGUAUCUCUGACUCUUCACCUCUGUGGGAGGUGAUGGUGGCUCACCGUUGGAAGUUGCUCACCCUGGAGCUGGCCUCAUGGAUAGAGGACAAAUGGAAACAGGAUCAAAAGAAGGCCCAAAUGAAGGACUAUGUUCAUGUAGACUUUGAGAAAAUGCAGAUGACCAAACCAUUCUUUGGCGAUUUGCGAAGGCACUAUUAUCCCGGACUUUGGCUUCAAUGUCGGAAGUCAGAUCACCAAAGUUAUAUCCACUGCAAAUUACAUAGGAUACAGGUUGACAAUCAGCUUCAUGAUGCAGUGUUCCCAACAGUCCUGUAUUCAACCCCUGUGCCUCAGCAAAUUGUGCGUCGUGUCGGCAUGAAACCAUGCAUUGAAAUAGUUGUGAUGAAGCGACACAGACCUGCUCAGAACCAAGAUGUGUACAAGUUUAUUAAGGUGCUAAUCCAAGAAUUCUCUCUGCAACUGGAUAAGGGCUUCCUUCUUUCAGUACAUGACAUUCUAUCAAAUUGGGAAGUUGAAGAAAAGUCGUCCGUCAGAAUACGAGCAGACAUUGCACUGGUACACAUUCCCAUAGCAAUGAUUGCUGCUAAGACUGCUAGUGAAGGUCCCAAAGUGGUGAUCGAGUACCUCCACUUAUCACCAUUAACACUGCAAUUCAGUUUCUCACCACGGGGUACAGUAUAUAAGAACAGAGUUCAUUCCUUCAAGUCUGACCUUGUUGAUUUCUUCCUCAACUCCUUUGGAGCUAUGCUUAUGGAGGUGAAGGGCAUCAGGUUGAAGAUGGCUUAUCUGGAACAGGCGGGUAGCCUUGUCAGCCUGAGUCAGCUGCGUGAUGAAGUCUAUCGGCAUUACAGCAGUCAGCUGAUCCAGCAGUUCCAUGUCCUUGUGCUAGGACUUGAUGUCCUUGGCAAUCCAUAUGGCCUCAUCACAGAUUUUACUGAAGGCUUUGGAGACUUUUUCUAUGAGCCAUUUCUAGGUGUCAUGGAAGGGCCAGACGAAUUUGCUGAUGGCCUGAGCUAUGGAGCACAAAGCCUCCUGGGCCAUGUUGUUGGUGGCACUGCUGGGUCAGUCUCCCUCAUCUCUUCCUCUCUGGGCAACCUCCUCAGCAACCUCAGCUUUGAUGAGGACUACAAGAAAAAAAGACGGUUCUACUUACAGCAAGCCAGUGAUCUGCCUGAUACAAUUGUUCAGGCAUCCAAAUCAUUUGUGAUGGGAGUGGUCUUGGGUCUCUCAGGUGUCAUAAUGAAGCCUACCGUUGAGCUGGAAUUGCCAGGAGCACAUCAUGAGGGUGUGGAGGGCUUCUUCAAGGGAAUUGGAAAGGGCCUAAUGGGACUGAUGACUAAACCUGCUGGAGGGGUUCUGGACUGUAUUGCAAUGGCCCUGGAUGGAAUUAAAAGAGCUGCUGAAAUGGGUGAGGAUGUGGUGAUGAGGUCCAGAUUACCACGAUACAUGAACCCAUAUACAGGACUACGGCCCUUCUCUGUGUAUGAAGCAACUGGACUCCAUCUUUUGAACACACUAAGUAAAGGUUAUUACUCUGACUCUGACAUCUACUGGGCACAUGCCUCCCUCACCAAGGAAGCAAAAGUCAAUGUUCUCAUUUCACUUCAGCGCAUAUUCCUGGUUGAGAAGUGUCGUCUGUGGGGUACAUGGGAUGUGGAGUGGGUGGUGUGUAUAGACGACAUCAUGGCAGUUCCACACAUAGCAGACAACAAGCUGGUGUUCAAAGUACGGCAGGAUGAAAGCUUUAACUUCUGCUCUGGAGAGGAGAGGUACAUUGAGUGCCAAGAUGUGACUGUAUUAGAGUGGCUGCAGAACAAGAUAGAAACUGUCAUGAUAUUGAACAUGGAGGACAAACCAUGCCCUAGUGAGGUGUGAAGUUCACACCUCAUGGUAGAAUAGAACUCUCCACUGUUGCACAUAUGUGUAAGCAUUGGUGUAACAGGUAUUCCUUGAUUUAUGUAACACUUGUGUUCCAAAAUGAAAUCACAGAGGGCGAAAUUACAUAAAUCAAAAAUAAAUUCCUCAUAAUAAUCAAUGGAAAUGUGUGAAGUCUGCUACAUAGUGUAUCAGAAUAUUCUUGCCAUUAUUUAAACUGGUUCUCUGAGCAGUACAAUACAUCCUUUUUCUUAUGUUAAUAAGAUUUAUGUCAUUUCAAUAUGAUUAAUUUGAGUUCAUGAUUAUUUAUUUUCAAAGAAAGUGCUAUAUGUUGCUAAGGAAUGGGAUGGCAUAAUGACCUUGAAAUCCACAGAAAAGCCUGUGCCACUGAGUACAAAUCACUUGCAGAGUUGUCCUGAGAGAUUCUGUCUGUCUCUCUCUCUCUAAAAGGUGACAGAAACAGUUUAUAUCUACAAUAAAGAAAUCAUCAAAAUUAGCACUCCCCAGUACCACAAGAGAGACAGCUUGCUAAAUGAAUGGAUGGCUGAUCAGAUAUGGAUGACUUCGUUGAGUUAUAUAGGGUGAUGGUUGAAGUCAGUGAUGAAACAGUCACUGAGGUUGUAUAAGGAGCAGACUGAAUUGGUUGAAAAAUCAGCAAUAUUGAGUUUUGCCUUUGUGGUCAGUGAAGCUUAUGGUAAAAUUUCACUCCAGAUGUUUGGUGGGCACACUGGCUGUGACUUCUUAAAAAAAUCAUUCACUUUAGGUUACUUCACAGUCUCUGACUUCUCAUGCAACAGUAGAUGCACAGAAGAGGUUGUGUGGCUGGGCCAAAUUUCCCAUUCACCACUUGAAUUCCUUCUUCAUCACCCAUAAAGCAAUUUACUCCCUCUUCUUCCUGUCACUGUAAUUGACUGGCAAGCAAUCUGCAUUUUAAGUGAGCACUGUUAAUUGAAAUCGGUCAAAAUUAGUUGAUUGCCUUAAAAUGGAAUUACGUUUUUCAAACUUGUAUAUAAUGAGGAAUACCUGUAUGUACAUAUUAAUAUGAAAUUUAUACCAACAGGUGACAGGGUCAAUCUGCAUGGUAUGUCAUGCUUGUUUCUGUGAAAACUUGAGUGUUUGGGCCUGUUCAGUGGUUUAGUUAAUAAAAAUUACACUUCAGUACACAGAUUCACAGUUCUCCCACCUUGUAGAAAUAGAAGUAUAGCCUGUCACUGCUAGACUCUUACCACCUGACAGCGUUGUCAUAAAAAGAAAACUUUCUUUCGUGUUGCACAGUGUGGUCCCUAAAUCUUCUACUCAUUAAAUACUGUCAUAACAAGGAUUUAUGAUUGACCUCACAAAGUAUAAAAACAAGGUUGGAAAGCUGCAUUCCUUGUCAGAGCAUGCACAGUUUCAACUCUGCAAUGCAGCAAUUUGCUGCUUGCCCUUGCCAGCAUAGUUAUUCUUGGUUCUGGGUCCUAUUGGGACUCACAACCAAAUUUUUAUUUGUUCCAAGACUUUUAUGUGUUUUGGAAUGGGGCCUUCUCUGUGACUUUAUCAUUGUUUCCACUCUAAAUUCACACUAAAAUGCAUGUAGAGUCCACAAAGUUCUAAAGUUUGUUAAUGCAACUUCUUUGGUCCCUGCCGUUCCUACGCUUACCAUCAGUAACACCAUUCUUAUUAUUGUUAUGCUUCCUAUAAUAUCUUGCUUAUUCUUGUUUACUGUGGUCACUAAAUUUUGGUAGUGCACUAAUCUUGCUCUCACCUCACAAGUUUGUUUGCCUCCUUUAUUUUCCUUAUCAAUUGCUGUAAAUUAAAAAUUUGAAUUUAUCUUCAGUGGUAUAAUAUGCAUAGCAAAUUUCAUCAAAAUCCAUCCAUAACCAUCCCUAUAAGGCACUGUCAGGUGAAGUGACUGGAUAUUUGGUAUGAAGAAGAGAAAAGAAUCACACAUGUGCCAACCCUAAAUAAUGCAAGUAGUUUGUUUCUCAUUUUCUUUAAUAAAGCUUGAGCAAUUACAUUGGUUAUAUGGUGUCAGAUAUUAGGAAGACGAUGGACAGGGCCGACAUGGAAUGGAGGAAUCAUGACAUGUUUUAAGUGUUAGUCCUACACUUGUCAAAUAGGACAGAGAAAAACUUCAAUUGCAUUUGUUGUGUAGUGUCCCAUGAAACAGAAAUAUCAUGAAUGCUGAAUAGGUAACUGUUUGUAAGGUGGUAGUCAUAACCUGAAAAACAACGUUUGGGGUUAUUAUGGUAGUGAAUACUAUUAACAUUGCAAUAUUCUGGCAUGCAACAUCAUGUGUUCUGUUGGAUGGGUCUUACACUGUUGCAUCCUGUUGCAGUUUCAUUCUAAAAUAUACUUUAUUUUUAAAACUGUCUAUACAAUGUAAAUAGUCAUUAUGAAGGUUUUCCUUUUUGCCCAAUAUAUAUUUAGCUUACUGACAAGGGUUAUGGACAGCAGUAACAUUUCAAAGAACAACAUCUUCAAGGAAGAGAGCAGUUGAGAAUGUCAUGAUGAUGAAUAAUAAUAUAGGCUACUAGAUCAGGGUUUUUAAUAUAAUUCCCUUAGUUCUUGUUUGGUAGUGACUCCCCAGACCCCUUACUCAGUUACUGGUUUAUAUACCUUCCUCAGAAUUUUCUUUUCACACAUAUAAUUUUAUCCUUUGCAGUUAUAGACCAUGCUUCACAUACCUACAUUUUAAUUUGUUCUAUUCUGCUCACAGUUCUAGACUUAAAAUUUUAAUCUGUACUAACAGUGAGUAGUGUGAGGUAAGCAGUGAAUAAAAUGAAUAUUUCUCAAACAAGCAUGACAUUAAGUACAGACAGUAUUUCUGAUGUUGCACAUGUUUGGUGCAGAUGUAUUUCCAUAGAAUCACUUCUGUAAAAGUCAAUCAUCAAUCUUGAAAGCCUAUCACUCUACAAAUGAGAAUCACCAUUCUGUACAGAUCCUUAAUAUGCAUAUGUAAUAUAUAAUGUAAAUUUAAUGGAUAUGAGGAGGUAAGCUUCCAGAUGAAAUGUUAUUAAUUUAUAGCAUGUUCCUGUGUACAUUGGCACUGUAUUUUAUUUUUAUGCUUAGCCCUUUCAGAUACUGACAAGUCAUUUUCAGACAACAUGCAUAUUAGUGCCAUGAUACUUUUCCUAGGGCCUUUGAGGAAUUUUACAAAAUCAAAGUCACAUAUUACAUAGCAAGCGCACUCCUUCAUAUUACUUAACCUGAAGGCUCAUUACUAUCCUAAAAGCUCAUUACUCACCACUGAUUCAGCCCAGUCAUUAUUUAUGUAAGAUGCAUUUUAAUACUGUUAAUGUACUGUAAUGAUGACCAACAAUGAAAACACACAUAAAGAGUUAAUGGUGCCAGUGUCCAAUAUCCAGGUUAAGUUUUUAGUAUUAACUUCUGUGAGACGUGGAGUUUCAGUGAACUAUCAGUAUUAAUAGCACUAACAUAAUUAAGUUGUGGGAAACUGUAAGGUUAUUUUCUGGUUGCUGUUGUUUUAGGUGAAAUUAGUAACAAAAGUUUCAGGAUGUUGUGUAAGACACUUCACUGUCUUGUACUUUGUAGGUGUCAUCAGUUGUAUUUUAUUUUCAUUGUUUUCAUCAAUUCUAGUUACUCAAAAUGUACAGGCUUGGUAGUGACCCUUCUAGUCAGUAUUUUGUUCUUAUAUGUUUAUAAAAUGAAUGUACAAUUCAGCAUGCAUCUGAGCCAUGUGGAACAGUAAUCUGUGAGAUAUCAGUGGUGCUGAAAAUGGGAAACAGAUUAUUUUCAUAACUGUUUCCAAAUGAUUUUGCUGUUAGCUGUGUUAACAGGCAGUGUGCCAAGUGGGUUAGGAAGGAGACAGGCAGGCUGCAUUCACCUUACACAAGCUAGUAAUGAAAUUCUGAGAAUGGUCUGAACCAUCACUACCUGCUCUCCCAUGACAUUAAUCAUUUCAUGUUCAGCCUAAGCAGAAUAGUUAAACCUGAAUAUCGGCAGAUAAAGGUUGUGUUUCCUUCCUCCACGAUGUGAAAGCACCAUAAUCUGCACAUACACUCAGUCACAGUUUACCAUACAAAUAACAGAAAAUACUAGGAAUAUCACUUGCUAUAUUGUUUGUAGUUUAGUUAUCGGCAAGAUGUCAAAGAGUGGUAUGACCAAUUAGUAAUGUGUGAACCAUCCGAGAGGUAGCUGUGUGGAAUAAGAUAACACUUGGUUUCUGUAAUGUGGCAGAAACUUCUAGAACUUGGUACAUAUGUGAUUAUAUAUAUAUGAGACAAUAUCUAAAAGCCUGAAACCUGACAUUUCAGCUGUUUAAAGAGCAGUAACAAUUUAUUUUUGCUGCCUAUCUUGUAAGAUAAUGAAUAUUCCCUUGAGUCAGUUCAUUCCAAUCUCAAACUUCACAUUCUGUUUGUUUAAAAUCAUUUUAAUAUUAUCCUGUCAUCUAUGCCUAUGUUCCCAUGUGACCAUGCCCCCUGACAUUUUACAUCCAGAAUGUCAUAUGCAUUUCUCAUUUCCCCCUUCUAUAUUAUAUGUAUAAUUUAAUCACUGCAUAUUUUCUGCACCCUCGUUAUUUCCAUUUUCUUCAGUUCCAGUAUUUACCACUGUAUCCUCUUCUCAAAUUAUCCUCAAGCAGAAGACAUAACUUUUCAUGCUUUCUCCAUUAAAGUUGUGUAUUGUUAGAAAGUUGGAUGGGAGAUAAAUGUGGGUCUCCAUAUAAAAUUUUCUUUUCCAAACUAUGUUACUCUGAACAUUUAAAGCACAUGUUGUUCUGUAAGUGAUAUUACCUGCCUCAGGGAUAUUUCUUAAGUAUUCAGGUGGGUGGGUGGGGGGUCUUUCUACCAAGUGCUGCCUGGUGUUUGCCUAAAGUUUUUGGGAAGGCUAGAGUCUUAGUAAUUGGAAGCCUCCAGGCUGAAAACCAGCUAUUUUACCACACAACUAAUUUGUUUAGUGACUCAACACAUGAAUAUAUGAACUGCAGAUGUUAUUCAGAUUUAAGUGUAUUCAUUUGGAAAAUAAAUUUGGAGAACUAUAAUAUUCA